AAAAUCUCGAUUGAAGCGCCAUCAAUGGCGAUUUUUGCUUUGGAAAAGUGUUCUCUUUGGAUUUUUACUUGUGAUUUUUCUCAAAUUUCCCUAAGAAAAAGUCCCAAAAAGUUAGUGAAUUGCUUGGCAAGUACAACCCCAUGAUCCAGGGUACGCCAUGAGGGUGUGAUAGAGGAUUCCCCGGAAAAAAAGCAGAAAAAAAGGGAGACUGUGGAGCAGUGUGGUUGGUGGGAAAAAGUAAGGGUGUUGCUGUGCGCUGGAAAGAUGAGUGAGUUGAUAGUGAAGUUUGUGGGGGAGAAUAGUGAGGCCAAGGAGGAGAAUUACGACGCAAAAUUGCCGCUCUGCUUCUGCAAAAAACGUCACACUCAGCCAAUUCGGGGCAUUGAGUGCAUAGCUCAGUGCUGGCGGAUGAAGGAGCGGAUGAAAACAGUGAGCGUUGCAUUGGUGCUUUGUCUCAAUGUCGGCGUCGAUCCUCCGGAUGUCAUCAAGAUUCAACCCUGUUCUCGCCUCGAGUGCUGGAUCGAUCCGUCAUCCAUGAGUCCACAGAAGGCUCUGGAGAUGAUUGGAUCGAAUCUGCAGAAGCAGUAUGAGCGCUGGCAACCCCGAGCCAGGUACAAACAAUCCCUCGAUCCGACGGUCGAGGAUGUGAAGAAACUCUGUACUUCCCUGAGGAAGAAUGCCAAGGAAGAGAGAGUUCUGUUCCACUACAAUGGCCAUGGAGUGCCCAGGCCGACGGUCAAUGGAGAGAUUUGGGUGUUUAACAGAACCUACACGCAAUACAUCCCGCUGUCCAUUUACGAUCUACAAACUUGGAUGGGGGCCCCGUCGAUUUAUGUCUAUGAUUGCUCGAAUGCGGGAAUCAUUGUGAAUUCUUUCAAUACCUUUGCUGAGCAACACGAAAGGGAGAUGGAACAGAUGCAGGCUCAAACGGCCGGAAUGCGAAAUGCUCCUCCGUUGCAGACGCCAUCGUACAAAAAUUGCAUUCAAUUGGCAGCCUGUGCAGCCAAUCAGAUUCUUCCGAUGAAUCCUUCGUUGCCGGCUGACUUGUUCACAGCCUGCUUGACGACACCCAUCAAAGUUGCCCUAAAAUGGUUUACUCUGCAGCCAACUUCGAUGCUUGUGCCCCAUGUUAGCUAUGAUCUCAUUGAGAAGAUUCCAGGGCAACUCAAUGAUCGCCGAACGAUGCUUGGGGAGCUCAAUUGGAUCUUCACUGCCAUCACGGAUACAAUUGCUUGGAAUACUCUGCCACGGGAUCUCUUUCAGAAGCUCUUUCGGCAGGAUUUACUUGUUGCCAGCCUCUUUCGGAAUUUCCUCCUGGCUGAGCGGAUUCUCAGAUCGUACGAUUGCACUCCCAUUUCCAAUCCGCCCCUGCCCCAGGGAUUUCGCCAUCCUAUGUGGGCUGCCUGGGAUCUAGCCUUGGAUCUUGCUCUGUCUCAACUGCCGGACAUUCUCAAGCGAGGUGAACCAUUUAGGCAUUUGCCCUUCUUCGAGGAGCAACUGACGGCAUUUCAGGUGUGGCUGGACAGGGGAUCAGAGGAACGGAAUCCACCUGAACAGUUACCAAUAGUCCUGCAAGUGCUGCUGUCGCAAGUUCACAGAUUGCGUGCCUUAGAGCUGCUGGGUCGUUUCCUGGAUCUCGGCCCUUGGGCUGUCAAUCUCGCUCUCAGUGUCGGAAUCUUCCCCUACGUCCUCAAGCUCCUCCAAAGUUCGGCCAAGGAACUGAGGCCACUGCUUGUGUUCAUCUGGACCAAAAUUCUCGCCGUUGACAGUACUUGUCAAGUGGACCUUGUGCGUGAUCAGGGUCACAAGUACUUCCUGGCAGUUCUCGAAGAUCCAACGAUACCGGCUGAGUAUCGUACGCAGUCAGCCUUCGUGCUGGCGUGCAUCGUUCACAAUUAUCCCCAGGGGCAGAGUUGUGCCCUGAAAGAUUGGUUGGUAUCCACCAGUUUACUCCAGAUCACAGAUCCGAACUGGACGCUGCGUCAGUGGCUGGCUAUUUGCCUCGGGCAACUGUGGCAGGAUUAUGAAACGGCUCGGUGGCCUGCUGUACGAGAUUUGGCCCAUGAGAAACUUUUGCCGCUGCUUGAGGAUCCAGUGCCCGAGGUCAGGACUGCUGCUGUCUUUGCCCUGGGAACGUUCAUCAGUUCGGUCAAAAAGAGGUCGGAACAUGCCAAUAACAUCGACAAUUCGAUAGCAAUGACACUUCUGUCAACGGUCACCAAUGACAUGUCACCGUUGGUGAGGAUGGAGCUCGUGGCAGCUCUGCAGUGGAUGGUGCUGCUGUUCCAGAAGCAAUUCACCAGCGUGUAUCUGCAUGAGCCCUCUGCCACACUCCAUCAGACCCACAGCCUUGAACGGAAUGUCAACAUGAAGCGAGUGUCCAGCUCCAGUAGCAUCAUGUCAAUGGGCGUCUCCACGAUGCCCAAUUAUUCCUCAUCUGGAACAAUUAGUCUCGUGGGUUUUGGCUCGAUCUACAUGAAGUUGUGGCAGAGUUUCAAUCAUCUGGCCAGAGAUCCCUAUCCAACUGUGGCCACAAUGGCGCAAAAGGUGUUGAAUUUUGUCAAGAAUAAUGCUGUGGUUGUGAGUGAGGCUAAGGAGGCUGCAUCGGAAAAGUUUAGCUAUAGUCUUCCGCCGAGUCCAAAUACCCGUGUCAACUAUCUGGACACAUCGUCACCGCGGCAGCUACCGAAUGGCAUUUCUACGCCAAAUGCCACUCAGUAUCUGUCAACGGGCCAGCACCAGGCUCAGGGCACACCACCGGCUUCAUCCCCGGAUUCCCGGAUAAAUCUCAGGACACCAGCAAGUCAUGCCAGAAGUUGCAGCAAUGGACGAAUACUGCAGAGUCGGAUUUCGGAGGAUGGGGAAUCAACCAGUUCACAGGAGGAUCGUCCUCUAAUUCCAAUAGUCACUACCAAUUACAUCGCAUGGGCCGUGAGUCAGUUCUCACGACCUACGCGACGAACUGCCCUUGGGACUGAUGUACCCGAGAACGAUGAUGCCAUUCACGAUCGCGAUGCGCCCGAGUAUCUCGAGCGUGUGCGUCGUUUCAAGCGCAACGUUCGGUUGCGUCACGAGGCACACGAACAGCAGAGCCGAGUACCAUUCCUGCGACUCGAGACUCAAAUGUGGCACGGACGUACGCCGAAUACGCCUAAGAUAAUCAAGUUCCAUCCGUACGAGACUCACAUUGCUGUUGCGUACAGAGAUCGGGUUGCAACUCAAGAUUGGCGAACACAGGCGAAAGUUACGUAUGUACCCGAGGGCAAUCACAAGCCGGCAUUUGGGGGCAUAACCAUGCAGUCACGCCCAACGCGUGUCACGAGUCUCGAGUUCGUGAAUGCACACGAUAGGUCGCUGCUGAUGGUGGGCUACGAGGAUGGCAGUGUGAGACUUUGGCGGCCGCCGGCGGGAGAGGGAGAGGAACCGAGGUUGGUGAGUGCCUGGAGGCCGCUUCUGGUGGACAACACGACUACCGGGCAGCACUCCCGGAUGGGUGGGGGCGUGGGUUUGGUGAUGACGUGGCAACAGAAUUGCCAGACACUGGUGGCAGGAGGGGAUUUUAAGGUGCUGCGAUUGUGGGACACGGAAAGGGAGCUGAAGCUCUGUGAUAUUCCAACGGAUGCAGAUUCGGCUGUGCACAUCCUGUCCAGUGCACCCAAUGGGAUUUUUGCGGCUGGCUGUGGGGAUGGGAGUGUUAGGCUAUUUGAUAAGAGAUGCUCACCGAAUGAUGCCAGGUUCAUGACCUACAUGGAACACACGGAUACCAUUCUCAGUGUCUGCCUCAGGGAUGACUGCGAAAAUCUCAUUUCCGGGUGCGCCCAAGGGAACAUCCGAUGUUUCGAUAUCAGGCAGAAAAGAUCAAUCCAAAAUUGGUGCACGGGUUCGAAUGUCACAGCGAUUUCUAUUCAUUCAAUGGGAGACAUUGUAGCAUGUGGAAGCCAAUUUAUCAAUACUUAUGGUCUCGAUGGGAAGACUUUGGGCACAAUUCGGAGUCAUGAGGGUUUUAUGGCGUCCAAAAUUGGACAAACAACGUGCCUGGCUUUUCAUCCGCAUCGCCUGAGCUUAGCUGUUGGCUUCGAUGACAACAUUUUGGCUAUCUACCGAGAUGAAAAUAGCAAAUACUGAAACACAACAAAAUGCAAAAAAAAAUUCUUUUCAGUGCUGAAGAUUUUUCUUCACUUUGGCAAAUUUUAUAUCACAUCCUGAUGGCUUUAGUGUUUUUUUUGGUGUUUUUGCAGAAGCAAGCGAAGAAAAAAAAAACAAAGUGAGUGUACAUAAUUUACUAUGUUUUUCCUUUUUUUCUGUGUAAAUUUAUUAGCUUUAUUGAAGGCAUUCAAAUUAAAUUGAGUCAGUGAAGAGACAGAAUAUAACGGGUUUACUAAGACAUUUCCAUGGUAUUUCCAUAGGAUUCUCCGUAGAGUUUCCACGGAUUGUCCGUGGAAUUUCCAAGGAUUUGUCUUGCAUUACUAUUUAGAAGAAAUAUGAGAAAAAACUGUAUAAAGUCUUUAUUUUCUAUUAACUAAGGAAUCGUGUAAGAAGAAAGAGGAGUUUUAUCUCUCAAGAAAAAAAAAACAGCCAUAAUUUAGUUCAUGUUUUAAUCUUGUUACAUUUACCAUCAAUAUUUUUUUUUGGUCAUUUUUCCAACUAAGAAUAAUAUUGAGAUGCUAUAAAAAAAAGUGUUCGUGAAACAGAGAAAAGCUUGCAAAAAUUUUUGAGAGCAAUGUUAAUCACAUUGGAUUUAUACCUUGGCAAAGAAAGAAAAAAAUCACAGAAAUUCCAAAUAAUUUGGACAAGAGAAAAAUAUACAAAUGGAAAAAAUGCUAAA